CUCUCUGGAAUCUCCUCUCCAGAACCGAUGCUAUGUCUCCGAAACUCCUUUCACCGCUCUUCCCUUGGCUCUUCUUACUGACCUUUGCAUCCCUCUUUUUCUUUUAUUCAUUUGUUUCUAUCUAUAGACCCUCUUCGUCAACCUCUAGAUUGAUCACAGUUCCCACAUCCUCCUUCUGUAAUCUCUUCAGAGGCAGCUGGGUCUUAGAUCCAAAUCGCAAGCCAUUGUACGAUGAGAAUUGCCCAUUUCACCGGAACGCAUGGAAUUGUUUGAGAAACAAGAGGGAAAAUAUGAACCUGAUCAAUUCGUGGAAAUGGGUGCCUGAGGGUUGUGAGCUGCCGCGAAUUGACCCGUUUCGAUUUAUGGGGUUGAUGAGGAAUAAGAAUAUUGGGUUUGUUGGGGAUUCUCUGAAUGAGAAUUUCUUGGCUUCGUUUCUAUGCAUUCUGAGAAAUGCUGAUGCGGGUGCUAAGAAGUGGAAAAGAAAGGGAGCUUGGAGAGGAGCUCAUUUUCCCAAGUACAAUGUCACUGUCGGUUAUCAUCGUGCUGUGUUGCUUUCCAAAUACCAGUGGCAGCCAAAGCAAUCUGAAAACGGACAUCAAGAGGGAUCAGAAGGUAUAUAUCGAGUAGAUGUUGAUGUUCCUGCAGAUGAUUGGGUUAAUAUUGCAGGCUUCUAUGAUGUCCUUGUGUUUAACACUGGCCACUGGUGGAAUUAUGACAAAUUCCCAAAAGAGAAGCCACUUGUCUUUUAUAGGGCUGGACGGCCAAUUGUUCCUCCACUGGAAAUGUUUGAUGGACUAAGAGUUAUUCUUGACAACACAGUUUCAUACAUACAAGACAAAUUCCCAGCAAAGACACUGAAGUUCUGGCGUUUACAAUCUCCAAGGCACUUCUAUGGUGGAGACUGGAAUCAAAAUGGAAGCUGCUUGUUGAGCAAGCCCCUUGAGAAGCAUGAGCUUGACUCAUGGUUUGAACCCAGGAACAAUGGAGUUAACCAAGAAGCAAGGCAACUGAAUCUUCUGGUUGAAAAGGCAUUGCAAGGAACUGACAUCCAUGUGCUUGAUUUAACUCACUUGAGUGAAUUCAGAGCUGAUGCUCAUCCAGCGAUUUGGUUGGGAAGGCAAGAUGCUGUGACAAUCUGGGGUCAGGAUUGCAUGCACUGGUGUCUGCCUGGUGUCCCUGACACAUGGGUUGAUAUAUUGUCACAACUGAUCCUUAAUACAUUAGGAAGAACCAGUGGAUCAUGACAAAUGGAAAGGUUUUUAUGUAGAUCCAGUCUAUAAAAAAUAAGAGACGAAGUCUAUACGAAUAUAAACAAGGAGUUUUUCAACUUUUGGAGAGGUUGAGUUUUUCCCUUGACAAAAUCAAUUUUUAGACAAAGUAAAUGAUACAAGUCCAAGGGUGAAAAACUCAACCUCCCAGGCAUGUCAAAUGUAGGUUCCAUUGAAAAAAUGUAUAACACAAUUUCAUGUCUAAUUAUUUUUAGUUUAGUAACACUUAUCUUUUAUAGAUUGGGUCUACCUAAAUUUUUUUGAAAAGCACGAUUAGAAGUCAUGAAAUCCACUUCAUGUGUUUGCCGUUGAAAUGGUACGAGGCUUGUUUAUUGUGGAGAUGUGAGAAUAGAGGGUCUUCUUUGAGGGGUUAGAUGCAAUAUCCAAUGCUGAUCUUGUGAAGAAAAGUUGCAGCUCAAAUUGGGAGGGAAGCCGUGAUUGAUUUUGUGAAGAGAAAUUGAUAGCCAAUAGAUGCAGCCCCGCCAACUUAUUCAAAUAAUAAAUUAGUAACUGUUGAAUUUAAGAGUAAGCUUGUUGGUUAUGGAUGACCUGAUGAAGUAAUUAUCUUAGCAUUCUUAGAUGUGGAAGCUUCAGUGCGUCCUUUUAUAUCCUGCACGGAGCAAUAGGAUUGUGAGUUUGCUGAUUUAUUAUUUACUCAACCUGGUCAUUUUAUUGGGCCUUUAACCUGUUUUGGUAUUUGGAAAGAUUUGAAAGCUUUCAAUUUUUUAUA